ACAGCGCCUACUUGAGAAAGGUUGAGGCAAGGCGGUGUGCAGUCCUCCAGCCAUCAGAGGGUGCCCGUGCCCAAGACCUAGUGCUUCGGUAAUCUGAGCCCGGCUGGAAGCUUCCGCCCCAGGUCAGGAGUUCCUGGAUCUUAGCGAGAAGGGGUCCGGGCGAAGAAGAACCGCGCAGGAGGAGGAAGCUUCCCCCUCCCCUUCUCUCUGAGGUGUAACCAGGAUGGAGAGGUUUUUGAUAAAACUGUGUGAUUCCAGCCCAGAUGAGCCAUUCCCACUCUGGGAAUCUGGCACUGUGGGACACUGCUUUACCCAACUGGUGCUCAAUUCUCUGGCCCAUGUACUCUUGGCCUUAAUCAGUGCCUGCUACAUGGGCACUCCAAGGUAUCCAGGCUCCAUUCCACCUUGUAGUCCAGGUUGGCGCCUUCGACUUGUUGCCUCCUUCCUGUUGUCAGUUCUUCCAUUGUUGGACCUGUUCCCAGCUGCUAUGCCUGCAAAGGCAGUCCCUGGACCCCUGGGGUUAGAGAUACUAGCAGGAGGUGUAACAACAAUAGCCUGGAUCACUCAUGGCUUGGCACUCCGGGCAUUGGCUCUGUCCCAUGGUAGACUUUCUCGUGGGCCUUUGAUUUUGGCUCUGACUGCCUUCCUACCUGCCCCUGCCACAGUGCUGACACUGUUGUGGCACUGUCAGCAAGGGACCCUCCUGAACCCAAUCCAGCUAGGACCCCUUUUCCGAUUCUGCUUUGUAAUCUUACAGCUAACCAUACUUCUGGCAUAUUUUCUGGGGUGGGCAGUGCCUAGGGGCCAGAGGCAACCACGGUCUCAGGCCCCUGACCACCUCCUGCUUGAGCCACAGAGGCCAGAGGUGGCUGAGGAUGGAGAAAGCUGGCUCUCACGCUUCUUCUACCUGUGGCUGACUCCCCUGCUGGCCCGGGGGGCCCGGGGACAACUCCGUCAACCUCAAGAUGCUUGCCUUCUGCCCUACAGGCUUCGGACAGCCUACCUUGCCCGCCUCUUCCAGGCACACUGCAGGGACCGGGCUAAACUGUGGCUGGUUCUGUAUAGAGCUUUGGGGCGACGCUACCUUGCACUAGGGUUCCUGAAGCUGACAGGGACCCUUCUAGGAUUCUCUGGGCCUUUGCUUCUUUCACUGUUGGUUGGGUUCUUGGAGAAUGAACGGGAGCCCCUGAGUCAAGGAGUGUUCUAUGCUAUGGGGCUCACAGGUGGAGCAGUUCUGGGUGCUUUGCUGCAGAACCAAUAUGGGUAUGAGUUAAGGAAGGUGGCAUUACAGGCUCGAGGAGCUGUGCUAGGGGCCCUGUACCAUAAGACCCUCUAUCUGGGGCCAAAUCGCCCCUCUGCUGGUGAGGCGGUGAACCUUCUAGGCACUGAUUCUGAACGACUACUUAACUUUGCUAACAGUUUCCAUGAGGCCUGGGGCCUGCCCCUGCAGCUGUCCAUCACCCUCUACCUGCUCUACCAACAGGUAGGCCUGGCCUUCCUAGGCGGGUUGGGCCUGGCGCUGCUGCUGGUGCCUGUUAAUAAAGUGCUCGCAACCCGCAUCUUGGCCAAGAAUGAGGCUAUGCUGCGACACAAGGAUGCCCGAGUCAAGCUCAUGACAGAAUUGCUGUGUGGCAUUCGCGUCAUCAAGUUCUGUGGGUGGGAACAGACACUCAGCUCUCGAGUACAGAAACAUCGGGCUCAAGAACUCCAGCAGCUGCGGGUUAUCAAGUACCUGGAUGCAGCCUGCGUGUACCUAUGGGCUGCACUACCUGUUGUCAUCUCUAUUGUCAUCUUUAUCACCUAUGUCCUCAUGGGCCACCAGCUUACUGCUACCAAGGUAUUCACAGCAUUGGCACUGGUUGGCAUGCUUAUCCUCCCCCUCAACAAUUUCCCCUGGGUGAUCAAUGGGCUCUUGGAGGCCAAAGUAUCUCUGGAUCGUCUACAGCGCUUCCUCGACCUCCCGGACCAUGAUCCUCAGACCUACUAUAGUCCAGAUCCCCCCACAGAAUCGCUUACUAUACUACAGCUCCAUGAAGCCAUGUUCUCCUGGGACCCUAUUGGAAUAGGCCUGGAGACCUUCAUCACUCACCUUGAAGUGAAGAAGGGUUCACUGGUGGGCAUCGUGGGGAAGGUGGGCUGUGGAAAGAGCUCUCUACUGGCUGCUAUCUCUGGAGAGCUCCACAGGUUGAGUGGUCAGAUCGCCAUAGCUGAUCGGCUUGAAGGCUUUGGUCUGGCUACCCAGGAACCUUGGAUCCAAUUUGCCACCAUUCGGGAAAACAUCCUAUUUGGGAAAGCAUUUGAUGCUCAUCUCUACUGGAAGGUGUUAGAGGCCUGUGCCCUCCACGAUGACCUGGCUAUCCUGCCUGAUGGGGACCAGACUGAAGUGGGAGAGAAAGGGGUAACCCUCAGUGGUGGACAACGGGCCCGAAUUGCCCUUGCUCGAGCUGUCUACCAGGAGAAGAAGCUCUACCUCCUGGAUGAUCCUCUAGCUGCUGUAGAUGCUGAUGUCGCCAAUCACCUGGUACAGAAGUGUAUUCUAGGCCUGCUGGGGCACACUACCCGGCUGCUCUGUACCCACCGAACAGAAUACUUGGAGCAGGCUAAUGUUGUGCUGCUGCUCGAGAGUGGGCGCAUCAUCCACGCAGGACCACCUUCUGAGAUUCUGCCAAUGGUACAAUCUACCCCUGAGGCCCAGUCUGAGGAUGUACCAAAGACGGAGUCAGCAACCUCAGAGGAAGGGAAGCCAGAGAAAGAGAGUGAGGAACCGAAGGAUGUGGACCCAAACCCCAGCCGCCUGCUCCAGGAGGAAGGGAAGAAAGAAGGGGCUGUGGCCUUCCAAGUGUACCAGGCUUACUGGAAAGCUGUGGGGGCAGGUCUUUCCCUGGCCAUCAUCUUCUUCCUUCUUCUCAUGCAAGGGACCAGAAAUGCUGCUGACUGGUGGCUGUCUCACUGGAUCUCCCAACUAAAGAUAGCUGAGAAUGGUUCCCAGGAGAUGUGGCACCUUACCAGCCAACCCCCCUCACUAUUCUCCCCACAUCUGCUUCUCUUCUCCCCUGGAGGCCUCUUUGCCUCAGUGUCACCAUUGCCCAAGACCACCUCAAAUAGCUCCUCGGAUGUGCAGUUCUACUUGACUGUAUAUGGGGCCAUUGCCAGUGCCAACUCCAUCUUCACCCUCCUACGGGCACUACUAUUUGCUGCUGGCAUCCUUCAGGCAGCAGCCACCCUGCAUCAGCGCCUGUUGCACCGUAUCCUCAGGGCUCCUGUGACAUUCUUUGACUCCACGCCAACUGGCCGGAUUCUGAACCGCUUCUCAUCUGAUGUGGCCUGUGCGGAUGACAGUCUCCCCUUCAUUCUCAACAUCCUAUUGGCCAAUGCUGUGGGACUGCUAGGGCUGCUGGCUGUCCUGGGUUCAGGACUGCCCUGGCUACUGUUGUUGCUACCACCCCUAGGCUGCCUCUACUACUCUGUACAGCGUCAUUACCGGGCCUCCUCAAGGGAGCUGCGUCGGCUGAGCAGCCUUACACUCUCCCCGCUCUAUACCCACCUCUCUGAGAGCCUCGCUGGGCUUAGUAUCAUCCGGGCCACUCAGGCCACCUGCAGGUUUGAGGAGGAGAAUGAGAAGUUCCUGGAGCUCAACCAACGCUGCCAAUUUGCUGCCAGUGCAUGCCUGCAGUGGCUGGACAUACGGCUGCAGCUUAUGGGCGCUAGUGUGGUCAGUGCCAUUGCCAUCAUCGCCCUCAUCCAGCAUCAGCAACACCUCGCUAACCCAGGACUGGUAGGCCUGGCACUGUCUUAUGCCUUAUCCUUGACAGGCCUUCUCUCAGGCCUGGUGAGCAGCUUCACACAGACAGAAGCCAUGAUGGUGAGUGUAGAGCGCCUGGAGGAGUAUUCUUGUGAUCUGCCCAGUGAACCUCAGGACCAGCAAAUACAGGUAGGAGUGGGCUGGCUGUCACAGGGGCACGUGGAGUUCCAGGAUGUGGUAUUGGCUUACCGCCCAGGGCUGCCCAAUGCCUUGGAUGGGGUCACCUUCAGCGUGCUGCCUGGGGAGAAGAUAGGCAUUGUGGGCCGGACAGGUUCUGGAAAGUCUUCUCUGCUGUUGGUACUGUUCCGACUGGUGGAGCCCAGUGCUGGACAUAUACUCCUAGACGGUGUGGACACCAGCUUGCUGGGCUUGUCAGAUCUCAGGUCUCAGCUGGCCAUCAUCCCUCAGGAGCCCUUUCUGUUCAGUGGCACAGUACGAGAAAACCUGGACCCUCUGGGUCACCAUGAGGAUGAGAAGCUGUGGCAGGCAUUGGAAGAGUGCCACCUGAGUGAAGUGAUCACUCCCCUGGGUGGCUUGGAUGGUGAGCUGGGUGAAGGGGGCAGGCGCUUAUCGCUAGGGCAGAGGCAGCUACUGUGUUUGGCCAGAGCUCUCCUUACAGAUGCCAAGAUCCUGUGCAUUGAUGAGGCCACAGCCAGUGUGGACCAGAAGACAGACCAGUUGCUCCAACAAACAAUUUGUAACCGAUUUGCUAACAAGACUGUUCUGACCAUUGCACAUAGGCUCAACACAAUCUUGAAUUCAGAUCGGGUGCUGGUGCUACAGGCAGGAAGGGUGGCUGAAAUGGACACGCCAGCUGCCCUUCGAAGUCGGCCCUACUCACUGUUCCAGCAGCUGCUACAAAACAGCCAGCAGUGACCUUGCCUCUUCUGGAAUGAUGUCUUCUGUCUUCCUCAGUAGUCACCUUCCUCUCCUUUUGGGAUGGUUUGGGGCUUUUACUCUCAGGUGAUGAACAGCUGUUUACUCUCCCCUUCAUCUGCAAGGCCACCCGGCCCCAGGAGGCACCAGGUCCUUCUCAUAUUCCCCAAGCAGCCCUGGCACAGAAGCCCAGGAAGCACAGGAAGAUGGGUGUCACGGGAUACUCUUCAGUGAGCCGAUGGUAUUGGAGGAGAGCUCUUCCUAGGCCAGGACUUGGACCUGUGAUUUAUCUUCCCUUGGACUGGGGCUACAGGUUGGCCCCACUGGGGCCAGGAGCCCUGGGAGUAUGACUUAUCACUCACUGUCAUUUUUUGUAAUUUUAUUUGAUAAAACUUCUCUUGAACAAUA